GGGUGACCCCAGGUCUUGUGGCACGGCCGCGUGAUGGCAUGAAAUCACCCACCCUGGGCAUGAAAUCGCCUCUCCCGGGCACGCCAGGCUGCUGAGAAUGAGACUGAGGACAUCCCCUCGACAGUCCCCUCCCCUCCUCGAGAACAUAAACCCGGCGGCAGCGCCGCGCCCGCCCGGCUCCAGCACUGACCAUGGGCCACCUGCAGCUCUGGCUGCCCGUCCUGGCCGGGCUCGUAGGGAUCGUGGCUCAGGAAGACCUGUACAGAAAGGUGUUCGUGUUCCGGAAGGAUCCCAGCGACGCCUUUGUGGUGCUGCAGGCUCAGCUGGAGCAGCCCCUGCGCAGCUUCACCGUGUGCCUGCGCUCCUACACCGACCUCAGCCGGCCCCACAGCCUCUUCUCCUACGCCACCAAAGCCCAGGACAACGAGAUCCUGCUCUUCAAGCCCAAACCCGAGGAGUACCGCUUCUACGUGGGGGGAAAGUUUGUCACCUUCCGUGUCCCUGAGGGCCGCAGGGACUGGGAGCACGUCUGCGCCAGCUGGGAAUCCUCCACGGGCAUCGCCGAGUUCUGGCUCAACGGCAAGCCCUGGCCGAGGAAGGGGCUGCAGAGGGGCUACACGGUGGGGGCCACGGCUGCCAUCCUGCUGGGGCAGGAGCAGGACAGCUUCGGGGGUGGCUUCGACCUCUACAACUCCUUCUCGGGGGAGCUGACCGACGUCUACCUGUGGGACACGGGGCUGUCGCCGGAUAAGAUGCGCGCGGCCUUCCUGUCCCUGCGCCUGCCGCCCGCGCUGCUGGCCUGGAACAGCCUCAGCUACGAGGUCAAGGGAGAUGUGGUGGUGAAACCCCGGCUCCGGGAGGUGCUGGGGGCCUGAGGGCCGUGGGGUGGCGGUGGCCUCGGUCCCUGCUGUCCCCUCCUCACCUCUGUCAGUCACACCCAUCUCCCCAGCAGCCAGCACGCCUUCACCUCUACAACCCACCACGAGGAAGGUUCUCCAGCUGGGGACAGGGUGCCUUUGAGUGUCACCAACACCCAGGGCACCCAAUCCCCUUCCCACGCCCCCCAGACUGCCCCACGGCCGUCCCUGAACGGGCAG